CACGUGACCGCUGUGUGAGGCGAGUUUGUCUCGUGCAGCCCCUCCCACCUGAUACAGGCGCGCCGCCGAGGAGAAGCGCGCACGCCCCUCCCACCUGAUACAGGCGCGUCGCCGAGGAGAAGCGCGCACGCCCCUCCCACCUGAUACAGGCGCGUCGCCGAGGAGAAGCGCGCACGUCCCUGCCACCUGAUACAGGCGCGUCGCCGAAGAGAUGCGCGCGCGCGCGCGCCCCCUCGGCGACGCGCCUGUAUCAGGUGGGAGGGGCUGCACGAGACAAACUCGCCUCAUACUCUUCAGUCGGCUAAACUCGGAUAGCUGACGACACGCCACUUUUAUGAAUGAGCGAAAAGACUAAACUUUUGCUACUCGUAACUUUUUUCUUCACACUAGAACCCAGAGCGAGCUCUCUUCCCCGGCCCAGAGAGGCACUGAGAUGCCCUCUGACUUCAUAUCACUCUUCGGCACGGAUAUCGACCUCACUUCCCCUAAGUCUCUUUACUCCAAAGAAUCAGUGUAUGAUCUUCUCCCCAAAGAGUUGCAGUUGCCCCCUUGUAUUGAGCAGAAAAUUGCAGCGAUGAGUCAGAAAAGUGGAGGAGGGACAAGUUCCCCCCCAACAACCCUCACUUCAGAUGCCUCCUCCAUCACCUCUGCUAUGACCAAGGGAAGUGCCAGCAGUGCUUUUUCCACCUCUUCCAGCUUCACUGUGCUCUCCUUGGGCACAGAGCAGGAUGCCGGCACUCCAGGAGACGCGAGUAGCCGUAGGAAGGCAGAUAUGCUCGCCACGGAAGCCAAACUAACCAGGGGUUGUGGAGAUAAGGGCGGAGGAGGCUCUCAGCAUCAGCACCACCAUCAGAUGACGCCUCCCAAACGACCAGUGCUGAACAUCUCGCCCCCGCCGGAGGACCUGUUUGACAACAGCCACAUGUCGGGAUGCCAGGACGAAGUGCUGCUUGAUUCGGAACAGAGCAACAGCAUCUGGAUGGAAAACUCGCUCUCCAACUUCAGCAUGAUGAGCUCCAGUUCUUACAACGACAACACGGAGGUUCCACGCAAGGCCCGGAAACGCACGCCACGUCAGAAGCCAGGGCCAAAGCCGGUGUCUGCUGAAGAGGCCAGCAUGGACGUGUUUGACGCAGACAGUGCCAAAGGUCCACACUUUGUGCUCUCCAAAUUUAGCUCGGAAAACAAGGCCAGUGGCAAAGCAAGUUCGGAUGGAAACCAGGCGUCGGGUCAGAAAGGUGGGAUAUUGUGUGGGCAGUACCCACAGAAAAGCGAAGGAAAGGAGCUGAAGAUCCUCAUCCAGCCUGAGAGUCAGCACAGAGCCCGAUAUUUGACCGAGGGCAGCCGGGGUUCUGUAAAAGACCGCACCCAGCAAGGCUUCCCUACUGUCAAGCUCGAGGGUGUGAAGGAGCCCGUCGUCCUGCAGGUGUUUGUAAGUAAUGACGCAGGUCGCGUGAAGCCUCACGGAUUCUAUCAGGCCUGUCGAGUGACCGGUCGAAACACCACCGCCUGUAGAGAAGUGGACAUCGAGGGCACCACGGUCAUCGAAGUGCCUCUGGACCCCAGCAAUAACAUGACUCUCGCCGUGGACUGCGUGGGCAUCCUGAAACUGAGGAAUGCAGAUGUGGAGGCUCGUAUCGGCGUGGCCGGAUCCAAGAAGAAAAGCACGCGUGCCAGACUGGUGUUCCGAGUGAACAUCCCUCGAGCAGACGGCUCUGUGCUCACUCUGCAAGCGCCGUCCUCUCCGAUACUGUGCACUCAACCUGCAGGAAUACCCGAGAUCCUGAAAAAGAGUCUGCACAGCUGCUCGGUACGAGGAGGCGAGGAGGUGUUUAUCAUCGGAAAGAACUUUCUGAAGGGAACCAAAGUGAUAUUUCAAGAGAACGUCUCCGAUGAAAAGUCCUGGAGGGCAGAAGCUGAGAUCGACAUGGAGCUUUUCCAUCAGAAUCAUCUUAUUGUCAAAGUCCCUCCAUAUCAAAAUCUUGCCAUUACCUCGCCCGUGUCUGUUGGGAUCUAUGUGGUGACUAAUGCUGGACGUUGCCACGAUGUGCAACCGUUUACGUACACUCCAGAGCCAGUUAUGGAUGUAUCUGUGAAGAAAGAGACUGGGCCUCCAGGCAAACCCUGUUCUUUGGAACAGAUAAAAGUAAUGGAAAGUGCCUUGCUCGUCCCUAUCUCGCCUCUCGUCAAAACAGAAGAGGUGACUCCGAUGGAGGUCUCCAGCAACUCGGCAUCCUUUAAGACCUCUGAUCUCAUGAACUCCACUCAACAGACCCUAGAAAUGAGCCACAUUUCCACCAACAGUCCCACGUUCGCAAACUCUGUAGCCUGUCAACCGGAAGAACAAGAGCAGCCUCAGAAUUCUGUUUUCUCCACCAAGGAAACAUUAAACAACAUUCAGAAACAAGACACCACCCAAAACAACUCCUUCCACGUGUCUGGGAAAUCUCUGCUCCAGCAAGGGGCCCAGCAGUUCCUCUUAGACAGCGACAGUCUAGCCCAGGAAAGGUCAGGGACCACAGCGGGUACGUUGGUGGGGAUUGCCCAGAUGGACGACAGCCCGCAGCACCAACUCUCUCUUCUGCCGCCGGAUGAGGUGGCGCAGCUCGAGCAGGCGGUGCGCCAGCUGCAAGCCAAGGGGUACUGCAACAUCCAGCUUCAUUCAGAAGAUUCGCUAGCCAAGAAGCAGCAGCAGCAGCACCAACUUCAACAGAAGCAAAUCCAGCAACAUUUGCACCAGCAGCAGAUGCAGCAGCAGCAGCAGCAGCAGCAACAAGUCCUGGAGAACCUGCAACAUCAUCUUUUCCAUCCCCAGGUUCCAAUGCAGUGCAGUCGAGAGCAGCAGGGCUCUUCACAGGGCAUGGUGGAAAACAGUAAUACACUCUUCCAGCAACCCCCUCAACAGCAGCAACAGCAACAACAGCAGCAAUCCGUCAUGUAUCACCAAGCAAAAGAUCUCAUCUCCAUUCAGUCUGGAUUUCUUCAGCAAGCAACCUCCCAUUCUCCUUCUUCUUUGUUUCACACCUCAAACACUUUGGCUGAGGCCCAGUCCCCUCAAGAGGCUCUUUUCCACACACAGAAGACGUCACCCACUCAAGAACAAGUCCAAGCCUCCCUUUUCCAGAACACCAUGAACGUUCUCGACAGGUCCAACUUGACCGCAGAACCGACUAGUAUGUUUCUCUCACAGAAUGCCUUACCUGGUCAGCUUGCAGGAAAUAACAACCAGUCCCAGCAGCUAGCCUUCCUUAACUCUAUGCAGACAUCUGGCCUUGAGCCACAAUCUGUGUUCCAAGCCACAAGCCAGCUGUCCUCCAUUCAACAGAGCACACCCAUGGAACAGCAAUCCCCACAACAGGCCUCACAAACUCCACCAGGCUCUCUGUAUCAGAGUAUCCAACAAACACCAAAUAGCAAGCACCAGGCUGGGCUGCUCUAUAACUCCCUGAGCUCAGGGAUGUCUCCAGAACAGUCGCCGUCUAGCCUCAUGUUCACUGGUCAGCCUCAGAUGCCGUCAAUGAAUAGCACGAGCCUAAUUUCUCCAGAGCAGCAGAACCCAUCGCUGUCCUACCCCCAGAACGGCAUGAUCGCCGUCAGGCAGGAAGUACCAUCCGAGCCCAUGUCCUUCCAAAAUCAGAGCGCUGUUGUGGAUAAUCAGUCUGCAAGUAAGCAACAGCUGUUCCAGGAUCAACAGCCAAUGCAGCUUGCACCAAGGUCAGGCACCGGCUCUCAGCCUUCUGUGAAUCUCUUUAUAGCCCAGUCUGACAUGCCGAGAAUGCCACAUGCGUCACAGCAUGCCUCACAGGAGGUGCUUUUUGCUGUACAGAGCAGUGUGGCUGGACUUCAGACCACCACUUCGUCACCGGUACAGCAACCCGGAUCCCUGUUCCAGACCUCAGUGAAUGGAAGCCCCAACCAGAACCAGCAACCUAACCUCUUCCUUUACGAAAUACAGAAUGAUUGCGGUCAGAUGAUGGACUCCCAAGGAAGCGCACUCUCAGACCAGAGAGAGAACGAAGGGACGAUUCAUUCCUUACUCAACUCGUCGAUGGGCGAAUCCGGAAACGUACCGAAUUCCCUCACCACCUCCCAGAACAUGGAGAAGCUCGACGACCUCCUCGUGAGCCUUCAGGAGCAAAGCAACAGCCUCUCUCGCUCAUACUAGGACCUUACAGACCCUGCAGGCAUAUAGAAAACGGCGGAGGAAUCGCGAUAACCGUGACGUCUGCUGUGUGAAUGUACAGUUUUGUUAUUUGUGAGUUUAAACACUUUGAAUGUCACGGAGCUUGUCGUGUUUGUCUUUAGAUGUAAAUGAAGCCUAUCUUAUAAUAGAAGCACUUUUUUUGUGUGGUGUGUGUGUGUGUGUGUGUGUGUGUGUGUGUGUGUGUGUGUGUGUGUGUGUGUGUGUGUUGCAUCAGCAACUCAGUACACAAAUAUUUCUAUGUGCACCUGUGACUGAUGCAAUACAAAAACAACCCUAACUUUUAUCUUAAUCAAAUAAUGAAAGAAAUGUGUUAAAUAUAUAUAUAUAUAUAUACAUUUUAAACAGUUUGUUUUUUGUGCCCCAGUAUCACUUGUGCAUUUUGUUUGCUUUCAGUCUAAAUUUAUGCGACUGGUUGGUAAUUUGUCCUUUUCUGGUUAUGUUCAAAUGUUCGUUCUCUCUUCAUACUCGCAAACAUGUCUGGAAAAACAACGCAUCCAUUUGUGCGUCGCAGUGAGAAAUGACUAAUUUAUAAAUUCUAAAAUACGGACAUAUCUCGCUAACUCGCGCUCCGUGCUGUAUUUGAUUGUUUAUAGGCGUCUGGAACGCUGACGAUAAGCCGUAAAACUUUAUCGCCCUGUUCGUUACCGUUUCGUGGUGUCCUUUUCAUUUUUUUUCAAUGACGUUCUUGCCACAUUCAAGGAGGACACAUUUUAUUACGCAUUUAACCUUGUUAUCCUUGUAAAUACAACUUUUACAGCAGAAUAUUAUCGUUCAGGGUAGCAGAGGAGCAGUCAAGGCCUCGACUGCAGGUCUCUGGAUAAGGUGGCGCUUUUUACACUAUGAAAAAUCUGGCCAGUUUUAUGGCUCGGAGGGUUGAUGAUGGGGGGGGAAAAGGCUGCUAUCUCAUGAAUGAACGUCGAAUAUCAUGCAAGUUUACUGCCAAGCUUGUUGUAAAGCUGCCAAUUUUUUUUUUUCUUUUACAGAGAUAUCUGGCUUGUGAGUCAGAAGGCAGGAUGUGUUUUCUUUUUUUCUAUUAAUAUAUUAAAGUGUGAUAUUAAAGUGUAUUAGCUCAUUUGAGCUUUUACUGAGAUAAUUACCGCCGGAUUGCUUCUUUUUAGGACUUUUUAUUGCUAGUUUUGAAUAGUGACUAUUCAGACCUCUGUUUAGGUGGAGGAGUGAUCUUUUAGAUCUUUAAAGGAGCCCUGUGUUAGGGGAAGAGCUGUCUGUGAUUGGCCUUCAUCUCUGUACAGGACAGAUUAACAAUCAAUUAAUUGUUUGUUUCUGUCAUUAAAUAUUUAUGUGGAUAUAUAUAUAACCAGAUUUUCUCUAUUGCCAGAUUUUGGAAAACUCGUAUCUUGUGUAAUUUAUAUCUCCAAAAACAUUUUCAAAUGGGAGAAAAAGAAAAUGGUGUCUGUUGAAUUUGUUUUUAAAAUCUAAAAAGUAAAAUCUAAAUGUGACCGUCUGUCAUAAGUAAGAUGUAAGUUGUUUGGUUUCGAAUUUUUAUUUCCAUAUAAUGAAUUUUAUUUCCAUCAGAUUUUUUGCUUGUACAAGCUUUCUGAAAGCUUUAUUUCUAACGGUUUCUAGAACAGAUUUAACUGCUGUAUAGAAAUGGAUAUCGUGGGACUUUUAUAAACAAAUAUUUUUAACAAAAUAUAACAUUUUAAACACAAUAUAACAUUUAUGACCUCAUCUGACUUUGGACCAAUCAUAUCUUUUCCUCUGUGAUAUAUAUAUAUAUAUAUAAUAUAUCUUCAGUGCCCUCCACUAAUAUUGGCACCCUUGGUAAAUAGGCGCAAAGAAGGCUGUGAAAAAUUCUUUAUUGUUUAACCUUUUGAUCUUUUGUUCAAAGAUAUUCUGCUCUCAUGGAUAUCAUACAAUUGUAAACACAACACAGGUUUAUAAAAAAAAUGUAAAUUUGUUAAAUAUAGGUGUGCAACAAUUAUUGGCACCCUUUUAGUCAAUACUUUGUGCUACCUCCCUUUGCCAAGAUAACAGCUCUGAGUCUUCUCCUAUAACGCCUGAUGAGGUUGGACAAUACAUGGUGAGGGAUCUGAGAGCGUUCCUCCAUACAGAAUCUCUCCAGAUCCUUCACAUUUCGAGGUCCACGCUGGUGGACUCUCCUCUUCAGUUCUAUGGGGUUCAGGUCAGGGGACUGGGAUGGUCAUGGCAGGACCUUGAUUUUGUGGUCAGUAAACCAUUUUUGUUGAUUUUGAUGUAUGUUUUGGAUCAUCGUCCUGCUGGAAGAUCCGACCACGGCCCAUUUGAAUCUUUCUGGCAGAGGCAGUCAGAUUUUCAUUUAAUAUCUGUUGAUAUCUGAUAGAGUUCAUGAUGCCAUGUAUCCUAACAAAAUGUCCAGGUCCUCUGGCAGAAAAACAGCCCCAAAACAUUAAAGAGCCACCACCAUAUUUAACCGUGGGCAUGAGGUACUUUUCCAUAUGGCUACCUCUCUGUGUACUCCAAAACCACCUCUGGUGUUUAUUACCAAAAAGCUCUAUUUUGGUUUCAUCUGCCCAUAGAACCCGAUCCCAUUUGAAGUUCCAGUAGUGUCUGGCACACUGAAGACGCUCGAGUUUGUUUUUGGAUGAGAGUAGAGUCUUUUUUUCUUGAAACCCUUCUAAGGGAAUUUACCUCAUAUUUAAACCCCUGUGAAACAGGAAGUCAUGGUUCAACAAUUCCUGUUCCUUGUCACCCAGGUGUACUAAAAACUGUAAAAUAUCAAUGUGAAUAUACGUCAAAUAUAUUUUUCUCAUAUGAAUUCAUAGGGGUGCCAAUAAUUGUUGCACACCUAUAUUUAACAAAGAUUUUUUUUUUUUUUUUGGUAAACCUGUGUUGUUUGCAAUUGUUUGAUAUCCAUGAGAGCAGAGUAUUUUUGUGAAUUCUUUGAUCAAAAGGUUAAACAGUAGACAACUUUUCACAUCCUUCUUUGCUCCUAUUUACCAAGGGUGCCAAUAUUAUAUAUAUAUAGAGAUAUAGAGAUAUAGAUAUCAUACUGUAUAGAUAAAGCUAUUCAGUACAUGUUCACCUUUAUUCAGAAUAUCUUCAGUCCAAAUUUCACUUCAAGCAGCUAUGCAGUUAAACUCCGUACUCACAAUGUUUAUUUUUAAAUUAUUUCUUCCUUAUGUAUUCAACUUUCUUUUUUUAACAGUUGGGAACCUAUAGCAUUGUAACUGUUUUGUUUGUUUGUUUGUUUGUUUGUUUUGAAUUUGUGCUUUACUUUAAGAUAGUUGUUGUGAUAUUGUGGUUGUAUGUUCCUACUCAAGGAGAAAAGAAAAGCUCAGAAAUAACACAGUUCUCAAAAGCCCAGUUCCCACAGCGUCACUGCGACCUGUAUGAUAUGAAAUGGUUUGUUAGAAUUAACCUACAUGCGAUGUGUAGUGAGAGCCAGCCCAGUGCGUCUUGGGGGUAAAUCUGCUUUGUUAAAUGCAGUCUACAUAAAUAUUUUGUUCAUCUUUUUCAUCAUUUAUGCAUUUGUCGUCUUGUAUUUUUUCUGUAAGCUUGAUCUUAUCAAUAAAUAUUAUUGGUAAAAUUAA